CUCAUGACCACAAACCCUGUCAGUCCCAUCAGCAACAACAUGGAUGAUUUCAGGACGCGCACCACAGAUAACAGAGCACUGUUCGGAGAGACUUCAACGCGGGACAGAAUUGUUAACCUUGCUGUUGGUGGGGUUACAUCUCUGCUUGUCUUAGUAACUGUCAUCAGUUCUUUUGUCUUCCCUAUACCAACUCCCACAGCACUAAAUAUCUUCUUUGUGGUCUGCAUCAUCAUGAUCUGUUCUUCUGUACUGGUGCUGAUAUUCUGGUAUCGUCAUGGUGAUCUGGAUCCCAAGUUCCGUGGUCUUAUUUAUUAUUCCAUAGGUUGCAUUAUCCUACUCUGUCUGUGUGCCAAUCUAUACUUCCAUGACGUUGGCAGAUGACAGUGAUUUGGACUCAGGACCUCGCACCUUCUCAAUUCUGCAGAAAACAUGGAAAAUUAUGAAUACAGUGGCAAUAAAAUGCAAUUUAGCAGUUUUUCUGAGAUGUGUGCACAGGCACUCAAAUACUGUGCCGGGUUGAAUCUGUCAGUGUGUUUUGGAUAAUGUACCUUUCGUGCAUUUUUGCUGCCACAGCUGGUCUUAUGAUCAUAAGUGUAUGGUAUCGAUACUUGGAUCCAUAUAUCGUGAUAUAUUGUGAUAUUUUCAGCGCUUCUAUGAGGAACGAAAGAGACAAACUGAUCCUGCAGGAUUCACGGUUUCUCUCACAGACAUGCUGGACCUCUCUCACGAGUUUGGAUCUACAGUAGGGCCAUGCAACAAUAUAGACAAUAUAGAUUUUCUACUUGAUCUCAUUUAUACGAUGUCAAUAUCGAUACUUAAAAUGCCAAGAUCGCGCUUUCUAUCUGCAAUCCCCAACAUUCACACACUGCAUAAAUACAUCCAUAUGCUACAAAUAAUGUCUGUGAUUAUCCACUGGCUGUUACUUUUUAUAUUUCCCUCAUCAGUGUUUGAGUGUAGUGGAUAGAAGUUCAGCACUGAGAUCUUUUCACUGCGUGCUGAGGGUAAAAGUCUUGACUCUGUCUUUCUGUGUAAUGUGAGUCCAAAGACUAAAGCAGACCAAUUGUUGUUUAAUAAUGUCUAUAUAUCUAUCCUUUCUGUUCUCUACAAUCAGUUAUUUAGCAAAAACAACCAAAGAAGCAUUUAUUUCUAAACACACAUAGCAUGGAUGCUAAAGAAGCCAUUCGACCAAACAAACACUAGUGUCAAAGUCCCGCCCACAGGUCUUAAAGAGACAGUACCAUUUUAGCACUUGUUCCACAUGUUUAAGUAAAUAAUUUUAAAUAGUACA